AUGGACACGGUGACUCACUUUAUGAAUGACUCACUCGAGUUUUACAAAUGGAGCCUUACCAUAGCAGACAAACGUGUGGAGCAUUGGCCAAUGAUGUCAUCUCCCCUCCCCACACUGGGGUUCAGUUGUCUCUACCUGCUCUUCCUUUGGGUUGGCCCUCGUUACAUGCAGAGCAGAGAACCCUUUCCACUGAGGACCACUCUCAUAAUCUACAACUUCAGCAUGGUUCUUCUUAACUUUUACAUCUGCAAAGAGUUAAUAAUUGCAUCAAGAGCAGCAGGCUACAGCUACCUCUGCCAGCCCGUGAAUUACUCAAAUGAUGUUAACGAAGUCAGGAUAGCGUCAGCUCUGUGGUGGUACUAUAUCUCAAAAGGAGUGGAGUUUCUGGACACCGUUUUCUUUAUUCUGCGCAAGAAAUUUAACCAGGUCAGCUUCCUGCAUGUCUACCACCACUGCACCAUGUUUAUUCUGUGGUGGAUUGGCAUCAAAUGGGUCCCUGGAGGACAAUCCUUCUUUGGAGCAAGCAUAAACUCUGGCAUCCAUGUUCUGAUGUACCUGUACUAUGGUCUGGCUGCAUUUGGACCCAAGAUCCAGAAAUACCUCUGGUGGAAGAAAUAUUUGACCAUUAUUCAGAUGAUCCAGUUUCAUGUGACGAUUGGCCAUGCUGCUCACUCCCUCUACAUGGACUGCCCAUUCCCUGCUUGGAUGCAGUGGGCUCUCAUUGGCUAUGCUGUAACAUUCAUCAUCCUAUUUGCUAACUUUUACUACCAAACCUAUCGCCGUAUGCCGGGCCAGAAAGCCAGCAAGGCCAAUGGUGUUGCCAAUGGUGUCUCCAGGGAAACCAACGGCUCCACCAAAUCUGAGGCAGCAACACAGGAGAACGGAACGAAACCAAAGAAGGGAAGAGCAAAGAGAGAUUGA